AUGAGCGUCACGGGGGAUGUCAUGCGCUUCACUUACCUCUUGCGUCUCGGGCGGCGUUUGGGUGGCGCUCGUCGGCCCGGUGGUGCGGCCGCGCGGACGAACGAGGGAGCUUAUUUGCUGGGGCUCGGAGAGGAUGCGGUGCAGGCAAAGUGCGUGGAUGCCUGGAGGCCCGACGCCUUCGAGGCUUAUCGCCGGCUUUGGGUGGGUGACGCAUGGAAGGAGUUGGCCAUCGGACAGUUGUACAUUCAGAGUUGGUCCGUUUGCCUCAACAAGUGCCAGAAGGCCAUGGAUAUCAUCGUGCAAGUGUUUCUCUACGUGAGUCUGGACUUGGUACCAAUCCUUUUGUUCAUCUUGGUCUACGACACUCCCAUGCACGGGAGCGUGGUGUGCGAGGUGUGUAUGGCGAUUGGUUGCUUUCAUAUCUUCUGCUUCUACUUCCUCUUCAUCUUUGGGGAAGCGUGGCUCAAGAUCUCCCGCUUUCGCUGGGCCUGGCGUGCGGCCAAGGACCGUGUGACCUUCGCACGUUCGGGAAGCUCAGGUAUCCACAUCGAGACGGAGACGGUGUGGAUGACAGGUGAUGGAACGCAGUUCCUUUCCAUGGAGGCGGAAGCACGAUCCUUAUGUGUCUUGUGCUGCACGAUCUUCCACUGGUUAGAGAAUAUCUGUUACCUGUUGCCUUGGCCUUGGUAA